GAUGCUCGCGGCAAUUCGUUGGUGGUAUUCAAAAGACCUAAAAAAGGAAAAUUGAUCAAACCAUAUAAUUCCAUAUUAGGAGAGCAAUUCUUUUGUUAUUGGGAGGUUACUCCACCCUCAUUUGACGAGAAGGGCAAUCUAGCAGCAUCACCCGGUGUGGCCACUUCAAACAGUCAAAGUAAACACAGAGUCACUUGCAUUAACGAGCAAAUUUCACAUCAUCCGCCCGUCUCGGCAUUUUAUUAUCACUGCGAAGAGAAAGGCGUAACUGCAUGUGGACUUGAUCACAUUUCAGCAAGGUUUACAGGAACAUCCGUAAAGAUUGGUCCAGGAGACCGUAAUAAGGGAAUAUAUUUGAAGUUAGAUAAACGUGAUAACGAGGAAUAUUUGAUGACGCACCCGGUCGCUGCUAUCCAGGGAUGGUUAAAAGGCUCAUUGUAUAUUGUAGUUGGUGAAGCUUGCAUCGUUACAUGUCCAAAGACCAAGUUGAAGGCUAUACUAGAAUAUAAAGAAGAAAGAUGGCUUGGUAAACCAAGGUUUGCCAUCGAAGGCAAAAUAUUCAAGUACGAUCCCGAGAACGAUGAUAUUAAAAAAUUAAAGAGUGUUGAUGAAGAAGCAGUUCUCUGUGAAGUUUACGGGAGUUGGAGGGGAGAAGUACACGCAAAAAUUAGACGAACUAACGAAACAAGGCUUGUCCUCAAUAUGGAAGCAAUUGACCCGAUUCCAAAAAUAGUAAAACCUAUUGCUGAACAAGGACCUUUAGAGUCGCGCAAAGUAUGGCAAAACGUUACCUCCGCUAUUUUAUCAAAAGACUACUCCCAUGCUACAAAAGAGAAACAGUUGGUAGAAGAAAGACAAAGACAAAAAGCCGCUGCGGCAAAAGCAAAGAAGGAAGAAUUUGAGCCGGCAUUUUUCAAAUUGCCCGUCGUCAAUGGACAACCGCAGCUGAAAGACGAUGGGAUUCAAAUGCUUAAACAAUUGAACGAUAUCGCGAAUUAG